AUGCCCCCCAAAACGGCACAAAUCCGCCUUGUGAGUUCGCAUCGCGAGGUUUAUGAACCAUGUGAUGAUUCGUUUGCACUUGUCGAUGCGCUUCUAGCUGAUCGAACUAAUAUAGUAGAUCAUUGUCCGAGAUUAUGUUUGGAAGUGGGUUGCGGUAGUGGUUAUGUUAUUGCUUCUCUAGCUCUUAUGCUUGGACAGGAGGUUCCUGGGGUUUACUAUAUUGCCACUGAUAUUAACCCUCAUGCAGUGAGUGUGACCCGUGAGACGCUUGAUGCUCAUGGUGUUGAUGCCGAGUUAAUAUGCAUGGAUAUUGCAUCUGGGCUCGAGAAGAGGCUGGCUGGAAUGGUGGAUGUGAUGGUUGUGAACCCACCAUAUGUGCCGACGCCUGAUGAUGAGGUGGGUCGUGAAGGAAUUGCCUCGGCAUGGGCUGGAGGGGAGAAUGGCAGAAGUGUCAUUGAUAGGAUAUUGCCUGUUGCUGAUAGACUUUUGUCGGAUGAAGGAUGGUUAUACAUGGUUACUCUUACAACAAAUGAUCCUUCACAGAUAUGUCUUCUGAUGAGAAAGAAGGGGUACGCUUCUAGAAUUGUUGUCCAGAGAUCAACAGACGAAGAGAGCCUUCAUAUUAUCAAGUUUUGGCGUGAUUCUGAUAUUCAAUUGGAUACAAAGGAGAUCAUAACGACUACCAAAUCAGUUUCUGCAAGGGUCAUGGACUCACUAUCUUCACAGUUUCCUCAAUUGCCAUUCUGGAGAAGUAGCAACAGCAAUUGUUUAUGA